AUGAAGUGGAGUGCGCUGAAUAUGAACGAAGGCCGAGGGCAACUGAACUGUUUUUGUGAUGGAUAUUGGCUGCACUUCCCGUGGACCAACAAUCCACGUGAUGUGCGGGGAUCCUCUUUUUUUUGUUACUUUGCUUUUGUGUUGCUGUGUGCGCUGCACCUCCUCUUGUGUGUGUGCGUACCCUCCGUGAGGGGUGCCGACACGACGGACCGCUCCCGCCGUAUGUGCAUGCGGUGGAGCCUUGUGUGCCGCUCCUGUUUGCAUCUCCCUCUUCCAUCUAUGUGUUGGUGUUGCGGCAGGGCUGUGUGUGUGUGUGUGUGUGUGUGCCUGCUGCCGUGGAUUGGAGUGUGUGUCGUGCGUGGUGUGCGGCGUACGGUGCAUGCCUGGCUGCUGCCCUCUCCUCAUGUGGUGUGCCCUCUGUGUGUGUGUCUGCCGCACCUCUCGUCUCCCCUGUUGCUCUCCAUCUCCCUCACUGUGCAGAUCAGCUCCACACCACUGAACGAUCACACGAUGAUGACGACGUGCCGUCUGCUGUGCGCCCUGUUGGUACUCGCCCUGUGCUGCUGCCCUUUUUUAUGCGUGACAGCAACUGGGACGGCAAAAGAGUUAAAUAAGGCUGAUGCAAGCGCCCCAAGCCCACCGUCCAAUCCACCAGCCACGACGACCGGUGAGUCAGGGCUGCAAGAUGUGGUUUCCGCUGCGGAACCGCAAGAUGUUGACGGAGAUGUAAGAGGUACGAGCGGUUCGGAAACGCAAUCAGAUGGUGCGGCCGAUAAGUCACAGAAACAUGAUAAUAACGAUACGACAGGGUCACAAGGUAGCACAAAUAGGUCCGCAGAUCAAACAGAUCAGAACGGUGAAGAUCCUGCCGCGACGACAACGACGACGACCACUGCGCCAGUGGCACCAAGUACGACGACUACCACAGAGGCGCCAACCACGACGACCACCCGCGCACCGUCACGUCUUCGCGAAAUUGACGGCAGCCUCAGCAGCUCUGCGUGGGUGUGUGCCCCGCUGCUGCUCGCCGCAUCCGCGCUGGCGUACACCACUGUGGGCUGA